AUGAGUGGAUGUGCGGCGCUGUCAGCGGUGGCCCAAGUGAUAGACCAGUUGGACGAGACAACCAUAAGAAAGAUGGUUUUGCCCAAAACUAAACAAAUCUUUGAGAAUAAUUGUGGUGUUAAGACUAUUAGUAAUACCAUUACCAAGACCGCUUUGAGGGAGGGCAGGGUUGAAAUUCUAUAA